CUGCCGAUAGGUUACGAGAAUUAGGCUCUGAGUGGUGGGAUAUACAAUUGGAUAAACAAAAAUCGCUAUUUAAAAAGGAUUUAGAUGAAAUGGGAGGUGUACAACAAUCUGCAAACGAUGAAAGGUUUGAAAUCUGUCAACGUACCAUGAAUAAGAUAGUGGACAAAAUGAAUUACUUGUCCAAGAUAUUGAAGGGGAUUUUAUUGCCCACAGAAUACUAUUCGAUAUUGGGCAUACUUGUAGAUGAGGUACUAACGAUUAUGAUCGAAAAUCUGGAAGAUUUAUACGACAUCUCUGCUGAAGAAUCAAAUCAAUUGAACCUUAUUUAUUCCAGGUUAUUGAUUUUAGAGAAUAUAUUCAAUAAAAAUAAGCCAAAUACAAUUGAGAAUCAUGCCAAGAGCUGGAACAAAUUCCGCCAGAUUACAGACAUUCUUGUGCUUUCUUUUGCUGAAAUCAUGAACAGAUUUCGCGCUUCCGAGCUUGAAUGUUUUACAACUAAAGAGUUGGAGGGUCUUAUAUGUGCAUUGUUUGCAGAUACUGAACUGAGAGAACGAAAUUUGCAAGAAAUCAAUGAUGGGCAUCCCCAUCGGGGGAAUCGAUAA